AUGUCUAAGUCCGAGAACCACCAAACUCGUCUGGCGAUCAUUCAUGGGCCUCAUCUUCCAGCACUGCAGCAUCUUACGUGGGGCGAGCUCCUCCGGCGACACUGUCAAAGACACUCCAGCGAUAUUGCCCUAAUAUCUGCCCAUGAGGACCAAGUUCACACUUACGGCGAGCUCAACCAUCGCAGUGAUAUCUUAGGCGCUGCACUUCUAGAUGCGGGAAUCCAAAAGGGUGACCGAGUGGCUGUGCUCUUGGACAAUCGCUCGGUUUAUGUCGACAUAUUCUUUGCCUGUGCUAAAAUCGGAGCCAUUAUUACCCUGCUCAACUUCGCUUAUACGCCGACGGAGUUGAGACAUGCUCUGACUCUGACCAAAGCAAAGGUUCUCAUCGCAGCAACCAAAACGGAGAGAUACGACUAUACCAAAGUGCUCCACAGCCUGGAACGCAGCUUAGAUUUCCUGGAAAUGCUCGUCCAUUUAUCCGAUGUCCCGGCCCUUGACAGCCAAGCUCACUUCUCACCUAGAUCUUGCAGCUACACCAAGUUCCUCCAGCGAGGGUCGAAAUCUCCAAGGGCUUUAGAAGACAGCGGUGUGGCCAUAUCGGAUUCGGACAUCAUCAAUAUCCAAUUCACGAGUGGUAGUACAGGCAUGCCAAAAGCAGCGGCGCUAACGCAUAGUGGACUUCUCAACAGCGCCAUCUAUAUUGGCCAGAACCUGGGUGUUACCUGUCGUGACCGAAUCAUCAUCCCAGUGCCUCUCUUUCAUGCCUUUGGCUUCAUUAUGGGCCUUUGCACGUGUUUCGCAGCCGGUGCCACGGCGGUGCUCCCUUCCGCCUACUUCGAUGCUGGGAAGGCCUUGAGCGCAAUUGAGAAAUACCACGGCACGGGUCUGUAUGGGGUCACGACUAUGUGGAUCGAUAUGUUGUCGCAUCCGAAGUUCACGUCGACCAAGCGUCAAUCGUUGAGGUUCGGCCUGAUUUCCGGCUCUGCCCUGCCUGAGGGCCUCCUCGUGCGUGUUGGAACCAAAUUUCCCAUUCCGCAUCUGAACACGAACUGGGGCAUGACCGAACUCUCCUCGAUAGUGACUAUGACCAAAACUUCAGAUCCCAUGGAAAAGAAAUUGAAGACAGCGGGACGCCUACUUCCGAACUUCAGCGCCAAGAUUGUGGAGCCAGACACAGGCAAAUGUCUUCCCUGGGGACAACGAGGCGAAAUCGUCAUCAGCGGCUACGGCCGCAUGCACUCCUACUUCGGUGACAAGGAAAAGACCGCACAGGUCUUGAAACACCAUCGCGAAGAUUUGCUUCCCGGACAAGCCGGACGAGACGUCAAUGGCGAGCUACGAGUAUGGAUGCAUACUGGGGACGAAGGGUACUUCGACCCCGAUGGUUAUUUCAUUAUCACUGGGAGGAUUAAAGACCUUAUCAUUCGUGGCGGAGAGAACAUCUCACCCGUCGAGGUUGAAGAGCGUCUCUACAUACACCCCGCCAUCAGACAAGCAGCCGUUUUUGGCAUCCCGAGUCAACGUUAUGGUGAGGAGGUUGCUGCGGUGCUCGAGUUAGAGGAAGGGUAUGAGAGGCCGUCGGACAAUGAUAUUCGCUCAUGGGUCCGAGAAACUCUGGCUCGUUUCAAAGCUCCCGUCAAAAUUUGGUGGUUGGGAGACAAGACAAGAGGCAUACCGGCCCAGUGGCCCAAGACGUCUAAUGGAAAAUUGAAAAAGAAAGACAUCAAGACUUUGGGAGCACAGUUGAUGAAGCGAGAAGAGUGGCCACUUCGCUCGUCCUUGUAG